GGACGGCAUGGCAGCACAACGCUUAUAAAGACACCAGGGCACACCCCGACGGCAGCCUCAAAUCAGAUCACUCACAGACAGCAUAGCAGCACUUUGAGGUUAAACAUGCUCAGCCUCAUCAAAUUGCCAAGAGUCGUCACCGUCAAUCAAGUGCCCAAAGUUUUCCAUGAGGACAGCAUUAUCUCUGGCUACCGCUACCAUGGUAGCUCAGCCACUGACUGCAUCUUAAGCCUCUUUCAGCUGACCAAUGAGACCCUUAACAUCUGGACCCAUUUUUUGCCCACCUGGUACUUUCUAUGGAAACUAGUAAGCGUGGUGCUCACCCAAACUGCAUGGCAGCAUCCCUUCACCUGGCCUCUGGUGGUCUUAAUCAUUUCCAGUUGCAUAUAUCCACUUGCAUCAAGCUGCGCUCACACCUUCAACAGCAUGUCAGCACGGGUGCGACAUAUGUGCUUUUAUAUUGAUUAUGGAGCCCUAAGUCUCUACAGCAUGGGUACUGCAAUCACGUAUUCAGCUUACGUGUUCCCAGACAAGUGGGUAAACAGCAUCUUCCACCAAUAUUUCGUCCCCAUUGCUCUGCUUAACGCCAUCAUAUGCACCAGCCUGGCCUGCUACUCCAGGCUUGGAUUGCCAUUUCUUCAUUAUAAUCACGAGGUUGUAAAGAGAUUCUCUGAAUGCCAGCCUCCAAGGUUCAGCAAAGUGCUCCGUCUUGUUGCUUUUGUCUACCCUUACCUGUUUGACAGCAUUCCUGUCUUCUACAGGCUGUUCCUAUGUGAAGGGGAAGGCUGCACUGAUAACAAAGCCAAUGUCUUCCACUUUACCCACAUUGCACUGGCUUUCCUCACUGGCUUCCUGUUUGCAACACAUUUACCCGAGCGCCUGGCACCUGGCAGCUUCGACUAUAUUGGUCACAGUCAUCAACUUUUCCACGUCUUUGGCAUCCUUGCCACCCACUUCCAGAUGAUGGCCGUUGAGCAAGACAUGGUAUUGCGACGUUCCUGGCUUCUGAACCACUCCCUACCCAUCACCUUUGCAAACUCACUGGGUCUAACAGUACUUUGCCUACUGGUCAAUCUGAUUAUCCUCCUCCUCUUUAGCUUAACCCUCUCAGCAUCAGUUGGUCAGCAAAAAACAUAUGAGAGCCAGUUAAAAGCAGAUUGAUACUUGUGUUAUGGCUACAUCACUGCAGAACUCCAAGCUGGUCUUUGGAUAAACCAACAUUUGUUAUUGUGUACAGUAUAUAACGUGUUUUUAUUGGAAGCUGUCUAUGUGAAUGAAAAUAUGCCAUCUGCACUGAGAGCAUAGUUAGCCUUCAUAUCACUGUAAUGACUGCUGUUGGAUGUGAUGCAAAUUGGCGAUCUGACUAAAAUACAAUGGGAAUAACUUUUCUAACAUUUGUGUAACAAUGUUUCUUAAACCCAAUGUACAUCACUGUGAUGACUGCUGUUGGAUGUGAUGCAAAUUUAUGAAUGUUUCCUCAAACCCAAUGAACAUUUACGCUACUAAUGCUGCAACAUAGCUCGAUUACAUACCAAAAUCCAGUGAAACAAUCAAAUAUAUUUGAUGUCCCUGAAUUCUAAGAUAGCUGCAGAUGGGAACAAUGAAGAGCUUGAAGGGAACAAAAAAUGAAAAUACAACUGGAAUACAAUGUCUUUUUUUGUUUUUUACAGCAUUAAAAAUCGCCAUUUUCAUCUAAAUAGUUCUUCAUACAACUUCUGACAUUUUACACUGAUCAUUUUGAAAAUGUAUUUAUUCCAAAUUAAAGCCUAUUUAUACAA